AUGCCUCAUACGACUUGGUACCUCGGACUGCUCCACCCUUCGUCUAUUGUCGGGCCGAUGACAGACCGCAUCUACUUUGUCCUGCCAAGUCGGUUUGUGGGCUCCUCGAGCUUCGCGUCAAAUGUGCGCUUGUGUCGUCCGCCUCGGACAGACGAGCAUUUUGAUGGAUUGACGCCGAUUCGCGCCACCCUGACUGCCACACACCCACAUCCCCUUGCGUGGGUUGGCAGCCCAAAGUCGAUUGACGCCAGCAUUUACCACGCCCCCCUCUGCAGCUACUCCUGCCACUCACCCAGGCCACACACAAACAGCCUCGCACACACAAUCACCUUGCUAUGUACCGAUAGACAGACGGAAAAACAAAGAGGGAACUUACGCAGAGGGGCACGGCAACCCGACGAGUGGGGUGGAGCUGGCCAAAAGGACGCACCAAAGGACGCAAAAAGGCAAUUUUGCUUUUUAUUCUUUCUUCAUUUCUCCUCCAACUCGACUUGGCGAAUCAUGCCCUUCCGGCCAGCCGGCCAGCCACGCAGCCGUCCAGCCGGCCGGUCAUUUGGUCAGCAAGUCGGUGUGUCUGUCCGUCGGUCUCUGCGGUGCGCGCAUGCGCUGGAGCAGGCCGAAAAAGGCAGACGAACUGACACCGAGAGACAGGCCGAAAGACGGACAGGCCAAAAGACGGACAGGACGAAAGAGGUGAAGAGGGAAUGUGAAAAAAAGCGCAAAUCUGAAAGGCUCGGUUCCGGAGUUGUGAGUGCUCGGGGCGAGAAUCCACACGCACGACACACUAUUCCGGCGGGAACAGUUGCCGUCUCUCAUUUCCAUUCCGUCUGUCCGUCUGUCCGUCUGUCCGUCUGUCCGACCGGCUGA